AUGGAGGCAAGUCAUCUGUUACAUAGUGGUUAUUUUAAUCCAACCCUUCGAUCAUGGCAUGGUUCUAAUACAUUGCUUAAUAUAAAUCAAUUAAUUUAUCCAGUAUUUGUCACUGAUCUCAUUCCAGAUGAAUCAAGCGAAGAAAUUCCCAAUUUCCCAGAACAACGUCGCUAUGGUGUUGAUGCUCUCGUUGAUCAUUUAUUACCAUUAGUUAAUAAAGGUUUAAAAACAAUUCUUGUAUUUGGUGUAACAACAAGUUCAAAUAAAUCGUCAAAUGGUGAAUAUGCAUCAUCAAAAGAUUCACCUGUUCGACGAUGUUUACCAAUAUUACGUUCAAAAUUUCCUUCGUUAACUAUAGCUGUUGAUCUUUGUCUAUGUGGUUAUACAUCACAUGGACAUUGUGGAAUUCUUAAAACAGAUGGUACAAUUGAUAAUCCAGCAUCAAUUCAACGUUUAGCUGAAGUCGCAUUAAGCUUUGUUCAAGAUGGUGCACAUAUUAUAGCACCAUCAGAUAUGAUGGAUGGACGAAUCGAUGCAAUAAAAAAAAUUUUAAUACUUAAUAACUUAGCAAGUUCAGUUGCUGUUCUUUCUUAUUCUUCAAAAUUUGCCUCAUGUUUUUAUGGUCCAUUUCGUGAUGCAGCUCAAUCAGCCCCAUCAGCAGGUAAUCGUCGUGCUUAUCAAUUACCUGCUGCAUCGACUGGUUUGGCUAUUCGAGCUGCUGAACGUGAUGUUAUUGAAGGAGCGGAUAUGUUAAUGGUAAAACCUGGUGGCCCAUUUUUAGAUAUAAUAAAAGAAGUGAAACAACGUUUUCCUCAUCAUCCAUUAGCUGUUUAUCAAGUCUCCGGUGAAUAUGCAAUGUUAUGGCAUGCAGCACGUGCUAAUGCUUUUGAAUUACGAGCAGCAGUUAUUGAAAGUUUAAUUGGAAUGAGACGUGCCGGUGCAGAUAUUCUUAUUACUUAUUUUACACCUCAACUUCUUGAUUGGUUAAAAGAAGAAUUACAGUAUUAG